AUGUCAAGACCAUUGGAAGGCAAGGUGGCGUUGGUCACAGGCUCCUCAUCGGGCAUUGGGAGGGCUAUCGCCAUUCAGUUGGCAUCUCUCGGUGUCAAAAUCAUCUCGUUUGAUCUCCACGAUCUGCCCAACUCCAAAGGUUACGAAGAAGAUAUCGACAAGACAACGGCACAGGUGAUUUCCGCUGCGGGAGGCGAGGCCAUCUUCUUCGCCGGAGACAUCACAGACACCAAAGUAGUCGAAGACGUAUUCAAGAAAACAAAUGAGAAAUUCGGCCGCCUCGACAUCCUCGUCAACUGUGCAGGCUACUGGGCCCCAUUUCACCUCUUCGCAGACGAGUCCGACGAACUAUGGGCAAAAAUGUCAGCCGUUAACACCCUCGGCACCGCAAAAAUGUGCCGCCUCGCCAUCCGCCAAUUCCUCCAGCAAGACCUCGACUCUACAUGGGGCAGCCGCGGACGCAUCGUCAAUAUCUCGUCCUGCGCGGGCGUCGUCGGGUUCCCCGGAGAAGUGGCCUACUCCGCUACAAAGGCUGCGGUCAACCAUAUGACCCGAGCCGGUGCUCUGGACCACGCCAAGGACUACAUCAACAUCAAUUGCGUUGCGCCGGGCGUUGUGGCGACGGGAUUGGCGAGGGGGAAUCUUGAGGAUGCUGGGAUUCACAAGUUGAUGAGGAAGGCGACGCCGUGGCCGAGGUUGGGGACGGCGGGGGAUAUUGCUGAUGCUGUGGUGUUUUUGUGCGGGCCGGAAUCGAAGUGGAUGACGGGGCAGGUUCUUAAUGUCGAUGGCGGCAUGACGAUUGGCGUGGCGCCUGGUAGUUGAGGUCUCUCGAUUGUAAAUUCGUGAAAUGAAACUCACAUCGUU